CUAGUCAUAGAAGUGACCAAUGGGCCAAGAAGGUGGUCGAGUGACAACCACGGACUGAUAGGCUGAGUAGACUGAAGACAUCGUCAGUCGCGGGAGGCUAAUGGAUGUAAGAAGCAAGUCAUUCAACGUUAAGGGCUAAGGGAGAGGCCUUUGUCAGCAGUGGACAUCUUUUAGCCAAUAUGAUGAUAAUUAUAAACAUGAUAAAUACGUUUAUCAAUAUUAAUAAGCGUCAGUGUCAGCAAAUCUUUCAAACAAUCAGAAUCCUUGUUAAACGAUAAACCAAUGUCUGAUAAUAAUUACAAAUCUAGAGCAGAUGACGCUGACGAAGAAUGGGACGAGAAUAUUAUAGCAGACAGCGAAGCUAUAGAUAAUGCAUUAGAUAAAAUGUUAGCUAAUAAGAAACUGGUAGUUAAAUUCAAACAAAAAAAACCUGAAAAUGAUAAUAUUAAAGUCAUGCAUGCCGUCGAAGACCGUGAGCACAACAACGAAAGCAUAACUCCUAUAAAUGAUUACGAAUCUAUGCACGUUAGUUAUCCAUAUCGUAUUCCGAAUGAAUCUCCUGAAGAAGCCAAUCAAGUAAAUAUGAUAGAUAAACGAGACAUGGAAGUCAAAAAGAUAUAUUCGUUAGAUGGAAAAGAUCAUGCAGGUGUAAUAUCUGAAUCUCAUGAAACACCUGAAUUAAUAAUGGUCACUAAGAUUUUUAAUAAGAAGGUAAUUAAAAAGCCUAUUUUGCGCAACGAACAUGUGUUGAAGAAUAAAAAUCUAUGCCCAUAUAAAGAUAAAUCGGAGAUGAAACCUCAAUCACGUGAAGGUAAUACUUACAAACACGUUUUACACAAGAAAAACAAGCGAGAAUCCAAAAAAGUUCCAAAACAGGCAGAAAUAACAGAUGAUGAAGACAGUAAUUACGAAAAAAAAUUAAAUAAACAUUACAAAACUCAACUAAAAGAGAGGGAGAUAGUUAAAAAAGCUGCUCCACAUAGAAAUGCCGAUGAUGACUCGCUUUCUACAGAAAACAACGCAUAUAAAAAGAAACAAGAAGCAAAAAUCAAAUUGAAGACGACAACGACGAAGAUUAAAAAGCAUAGAAAAAAACAUAAAAAGCCUAAACGUGUACAUAAAAAAAAGAAAGAAAAGAAAACAAAGAAAACUGUAACUAAGAGAGACACGCUUAGAAAUGGCGAUAAUGAUUUGUUGUCUUAUAGUUUAAAAAAGCCAAAAGUUUUGGACACGGUUGAAAUAAAAAUAGCUAAUCCAAUUCACAGCGUGAAACACCCAAAGCGGGGGAAAAAACAUGUCAAUGUUAACGAUGGAACAGUGACAGAGCGUAAUCAUAAAACAACACACAAAGUAAAAAAGAUACACAUUUCUUCAAAACUUCCGACUCAUAAAUAUAAAAUAAAGCACAAGGACGUAGAAAGAAAUGAAUCUGUUGAAGUACAUUCCAACGUUCGUGAUGAAAGUCACGAAUCUUCUGCAGCUAAAAGUAUUCCUUGGGAGAAUUCUGAAAACAUAGACCCAGCUGAUUUGACUCGUACAAAUCACGAGAAAAAAGAUUUAAAUUCUUACGAAGAACUGUUAAAGGAGAAUGACAUUAUAUCACAUCCGAAAUUACCAUUUUACCUAUCAACUAUAAAACUCACCUCACAGAAGAAAAAGUAUACAAAAAAAUACUCUGUACAUUUGACUACUACAAUCCAAGAAAAAACAACUACGAGACAAGAAAAAUUGCCUUUACGACAUAUAGACAACGAAAAUCAGCAAAACAAGAAUUAUGAAAUCGAUAUGAAUGCAACACUCCACGAGUUGGCAUCAUCAAAAAUGCUAGACCAAUUAACAGAAAAAAUUGCCACCCAGAUGCUACAGAAACUGCAAAAACGAUUAGAAGAUAAUGGAUUAAGAGCUCUUGGAAUACCAGACCAUGACAAUGAAACGGUGGAACAGAUAGAAAUACUAUUUAAUAACGACGGCAGCAUGCAGGUUAUGAAUAAUAAAAGAGAUGACGUCAAUGGUACAAUGCUAUACUUUGAAAAUUUUAAUGCGAAAAGAAUGCGUCCUGCAAACUAUUGACCAUAGCUAGUCAAGUUUAUUGUUAUACUCAAACAACAACUGUGGCACCUGGCUACUUUAUAGUUACACGCAGAAUAC